AUGGCUAAUUCAUUUCAAUAUGAAUGUUGCCAAACGGAGUUUUUCAUUCACAUUCUUGUGAUUGUAUUGCUCGUGGCUUUCGCCGGCAUGAUGUCGGGGCUCACUUUGGGACUCAUGUCUCUCAGCCUUGUUGAUCUUGAAGUUCUUGCCAAAUCAGGCACUCCCAAGGACAAAAAAUAUGCCGCAAAGAUAUUGCCAGUGGUCAAGAAUCAGCAUUUAUUGCUUUGUACCCUGCUCAUCUGCAAUGCUGCUGCAAUGGAGGCGCUUCCUAUUUUUCUUGAUGGUCUAAUUACAGCUUGGGGAGCUAUCCUGAUAUCUGUGACAUUAAUUCUUCUGUUUGGUGAGCUCAGCUAAUUAAAGGAUAUGUCAAAUUGGAGGGACAGUUUAAAAAAGAGCAAGGAAUCAUUUUACGAGGAUAGGCGGUUAUGCAUAUAGCUCAACUGUCAGGAUUGAUGGCAACACAUUACCAGUUUCCAGAAUUCUAAUUUCUUCCUACAAAAAGACUUUUUUUUUUCUUUUAUUCUCUUUUUGAUUUCUUUUUUUAUUGGUUUGACCUAGGUCCUGACAUCAUUAUUUCGGAAAUUCUACUUGAGAGUGUAACCCAAA